AUGACGAUGAUGAUGGCGAAAUCUAGAGACCAAGGGUUCACACCCAACGGCCGCCCCAGCUCGUAUGCAUUGCAUAGAACUCCACACCCAGCACUCGAAAUGGGCAGUCGCAGCAGCCAGCCUCGCUCCCAUCCAGGCGCUGACGAGACCCUGUUGAAUAGCAUUACCACUGGCACAAUUUCAGAAGAGACAGUUUCGUCCAUGGUGUUCUCGGAGUACUCGCCCGGAUCGGACGAGUCCGAUGAGGACUCGUACUCGUACUCGCCCAGCCAGUCUGCUGGCACCGGCGGCAGCGACGCUGGAGAGCCUCUAUCUCGAGUGUCCAGUAAUUCGUCAAUCGAGUCCAGUAUCGAGCACGGUGUCCGCUACAAACUGACCAUGAAACUCUCGGCCCGCGACAUCAUGCUCAUUCGCGAGUCCUGGUCCAUUUUGCUGGACGACGAGUGUGCACCAGAAAAGCUCAAAACCUUCAUCACAAAGCUACAAGCCGGCAGAACGCUGGCGACCACCGAUGCCGCGAACAACAAGCCCAGAAGACCCCUCCAUCAAAGCAUGAGUCUGAUCAACAGAAAGCAGCAGCCCUCGCUGGCAGAGCAGACCAGCAAAUUGCAAGGUCCUAGCUCCCAGAACGGUCCAGAUCGCACAGGAGCGGCCACCAACAUCAAAAGAUCCAACUCGCUGUUUGGCGACCAGUUUUUGGAAAAUAUUAUAGCCCUGGCGCCCGACCUAGAGACGCUGUUCCCCAUGAUCAAGCAUAUCGCCGUGGGCGUCACAGGAAUGCUCACCAUCGCCGUUAACAACCUAGAGGAUCUGUCCGUCUUGGAUAGCUUUCUGGGGUCUCUGGGAAAACGUCACGCCCGUGUCAUCGGUGUGCAGGCUGAGCAAUUCGAAUUCGCCGGUAUCGCUUUCAUAAAAACCAUUCGCGAGCGUUUUGGCGUCUACUGCACACACGAAUUGGAGGAGACUUGGCGCCGUGUAUACUCUUUCUUGGCCAACAGUCUGCUGCAGGCCGGUAUCGACCCGGUCAUCGAGACCAAGACCCCAGCAUCUCUUGCCCCACGUCGCGAAGAGCAAGUUGUGGUCAUGCAUCCACCUGAGCUCAUCCAUUCAGGUGUUGAAACUAGGACCUACGCUCCAAAGUCGGAGCUACCUCCUGCUCCAUCCAAACCAGUCCAAAGAUCGCUUCUGGAUCCGCUAUCUCUAUCGAGGGAGCACAAGGUUUCCCCACCAGUAAACAUUCACAGCGCUGUCAAAAUUCCUCCCAGAAGGGCACAACAUACAUCAAAGUUCGGCUCGCGGAAGGAAAACGACAAGGACUGUGUGAUUAUGUAG